AUGGCUUUCUUAAGCAGUGAUAAUAAAGACAUAGCCCAACCAAUGGAACUUUCGCUCUUUGCUUCUCCAACUAAUCAAGUAGCAGUCGAAAAGGUGUAUUUUACAGAAGCUAGACCGAUUUCCAGUAUUGGAGUGUCAGAUACCCCUAUAGAAAUAGUGGUAUCUGGAUCCGGAGCCGAAUACAUAGAUUUAAAGAAAAGUCGAUUAUAUGUGAAAGCCAGAAUAUUGAAGGCUGACGGAACAGCGCUGGCGACUAGUGAAAAGACUGGAAUCAUUAAUUUACCUUUGCAAAGUAUGUUUUCUCAGAUGGAUGUCUACCUAAACAAUAAGUUGGUUUCCUUUAAUACGAAUAAUUACCCUUGGAAAGCCUAUCUGAAAACAGUCUUGUUUGGUGGAAAAGAGGAAUUAUCAUCCCAGAAACAGUCCGAGCUGUUUUUUAAGGACGAGGGAUCUAUGGGUGACGCGAACGCCUACAAUGGAGGCAAUGCUGGGCUAGUUUUGCGCUAUGGCUAUACACAAGAAAGUCAAGUAUUUGAACUGGAGGGUAACCUAAUGGAGGAUAUUUUUGAUAUCGACAAAUACCUGAUCAAUGGCGUAGAUAUCUACAUCAAGCUGUUCAGAUCUAGUGCACCUUUCGUAAUAAUAUCAGCACAGGACUCUCCGGCUUACAAACUAGAAUUACUGGAUGUUGUGUACAAAGUUGCCAAAGUGCGAGUAGAUCCUGGUGUUCUGUUGAACCAUAGUCAACAGAUAGAGUCUACCCCUGUGAAAUACACCAUCUCAAGAAAUGAAUUAAAAAUGAACACCAUUCCUAAAGGGUCUACCGAAUUUUACUGGGAUAACAUUUUCCCUCAGGCAGUACCCGACCGUAUUGUUGUAGGUUUGGUAGAUCAGAAAGCUGUAAAUGGAGAUUACACAACAAAUCCGUUUAAUUUCGAGCAUUUUGGUUUAACAGAUGUAGGGAUAUACGUGAACGGAGAAAGCGUCCCAGGAAGACCCUUAAAAACCGAUUUUACGGCAGGGCAUUAUUCGACAGCAUAUGCCCGGCUGUUUGAGGCUUCUGGAAAAUGGAAUCAGGACGCCGGUUUAGUAAUUACUCGAGACAACUUUGGAAGUGGAUACUCGCUAUUUGUCUUUUCUAUAGACCCCUGCGGGUUCGGUGAAGAAUAUUUAAAUCUGAUAAGAAGAGGAAACACCAGACUCGAACUUAAGUUCAAAGAAGCAACAACAAAAGCUGCCAACGUUUUGGUAUUUGCCACCUUUUCCUCUUUACUAGAAGUGGACAAGACCCGGGACAUCAAUUACAUUCAACCAUGA